AUGACACAAGAAUCUACGAAAUUUAAGAAAUACGCUUGGAAGCAAGUGUUCACGAUUUUGUGUAUCGGAGGAAUUAUUCUUGAAGCAUUUUUCCUUCCUAAGAUAUUUGAGAUCUUGCGGCAAAAGGGCUUAGCGGGAAGAUAUAACUCGAUUUUGCGCAGUAGGCUUAUGUUGAGCACCUCCCGAGAUACCAAUCACAGCCUAGAAAUCCGUGACGAUGGGUUUAUGUCAGCGGUGUACUACGCAAAUUGGUCACCCUACAGUUCUAGGACUCACUUCCCACAUGACAUCGAUUACCGUCAAAUAUCGCAUGUGUAUUAUGCGUUUUUUGUAGUGGACCCGAAAUCUGGCGAGUGUUACUCUAGCGACCCAUGGGCAGAUUCGCAAAUGGAUGUUUACAAGCAAAUGACUUUUAGUUCCAAAGAAUUACGGUUUCCACAAGAAAAAGACCCCAAAAUCACUGCUCAGAAUUCAAGUGCACAAGCACAAUUACCAAUGGGGUGUCUUGGGGAGUUGUUUUAUUUAAAGUACACAGACUUCAUGAUAUCUAAAGGUGGGCCACCCAAAGUGAAUAAUUUCAAGACUGUGAUGUCUGUCGGCGGGUGGUCUAAUAGAGACGCCUUCAAAAGUUUGGUUGACGAUAAACAUAAACUUGAAAAGUUUGUCACAUCCUGUGUCGACAACAUGUUCAAGUAUGGGUUUGACGGUAUUGAUAUCGACUGGGAAUUUCCUAAAAAUGAUUCCAAAGAGCCACAAGUAUACCUAGAGAUGAUGAGGUUGUUGCGUGGUAAACUCGAUGAGCUUGAGAAAUCCAUAUUUGGACCUUCACAAAAGCAUUCCGAUCAUUUCAUCCUGACAACUGCAAUACCUGCAGAUCCCUUGAAUCUCGAGCACCUGCCGCUUGGCCAUGUCAACCAAUUCGUGGAUUACUUCAACUUGAUGGCCUACGAUUUUAGCGGGAGCUGGUCCGAGCGUACGGCUUAUCACAGUAACUUAUUCGAUGCUGCGCACGAGCACAAGAGGGAUGGAGUGGACCACAGCCAUAAUCUGAAUGCGGACAAUGCAGUAAAGAUGUUGAUCAACAAAUUCCAAAUAACUUCAAAAAAAGUUGUGCUGGGUAUGCCGGCUUAUGGCCGCGGUUUCAGGAAAAUUCGUCUUGCUGAAAAAGAAGCUUAUAACGGAUUUGGGAAUGGUGCUAUGGUAAUUAAUCGCCAGUACAGCGGGAUAAAGGGUUCAAAUAAUGGUGAAAAGGGAAUUUCAUCAUACACAAUGCUUCCCCCCGUUGGAUACAUGGAGUUUUUUGAUUCCACUGCAGUAUCGGCUUUUUGUAUUAAACCAGUGCCCUUUGGCCGAAAGACUAGCGUUUUUGUCUACGAUAAUCCAGAUUCUAUGACGAGAAAAGCGCAGUACGUUUUGAAAAAUGAAUUAGCUGGGGGGUUUUGGUGGGAAUCAUCGGGCGAACCUUACAAUAAUCCACGCCGAUCUCUAACAAGAACUUUUACUCAAGAGGUGGGGGUUCUCAAUAAACAGGACCCCACGAUCUACUCUAGCCCGCGAGUAGCUCAAUACUAUCUGGCCCGGUAUCCGCAUGGGUUCUUAUCCUGCAUACUUUCCAGUGAAACAAGGUCACUUCAACACCCAGAGGCUAACUGA